GGACCGACGGACGGAGGAGAGGGUGGCCACUCAGCACUAGGGACUACGCGAGGGCGUAGAAGUGGAGGAGGAGAAGGAGGAAGGCUGCUAGGAGAACAGAGCGGUGGCGAAGCCGGGGGCGGGGAAGGUACAACUGCGGAGGCCCGCAGAGCUCUAGCUUUGGAGUGAGAGGGCCCUGGGAGCCACGAGCCGCCCGAUCCAGGAGGGAAGAAGGUUCCUGCACCUGAAUUGAGAUGAUGGGUCUAGGAAAUGGGCGUCGGGGGAUGAAGUCACCACCUCUUCUGGUAGCGGCUUUAUUAGCCUGUGUCAUCGUCUUGGGUUUCAAUUACUGGAUUGCAAGUUCCCGUAGUGUGAACCUCCAGACUCAGAUCUUGGAGUUGGAAGGAAGAGUCCGAAGGGCAGCAGCAGAGAGAGGUGCCGUAGAGUUAAAAAAGAAUGAGUUCCAAGGAGAAUUAGAAAAACAACGAGAGCAGCUGGACAGAAUCCAAUCCAGACACAACUUUCAGAUGGAGAAUGUCAAUAAGAUGUACCAGGAUGAAAAGGCACUUUUAGUAAAUAACAUCACCGAAAGUGAGAAACUCAUCAGGAAUCUGAAAGAACAUUUGCAAGACUUGCAGAAGAACUAUGGCAAGCUCCAACAGGACAUACUUCAGUUUCAGAAGAACCAGAGCAACCUGGAGAGGAAAUUCUCCUAUGAUCUGAAUCAGUGCAUCAACCAAAUGAAAGAGUUGAAGGAACAGUGUGAAGAGAGGAUAGAAGAAAUCACUAAAAAAGGGAGUGAAGCCAUAGCAUCCAGAAAUCUCAGUGAAAAAAAUAUUCUGAACAAUCUGCAAACUGCUAUCAAUCAGCCAGAGCCCAAGCAACGUGAAUCAGAACGGAAGGAGGUAGGAGUGCAGCAGGAGAAAGGAAAUAUAGUUCCUGAGGGACCCAUCUCUCCUUCUGAGAAGACCCCAAGUAUGAUGAGACAAGAAGAAAAAGGAGAGGAGACCAGUGACAUCUUGACUCCAAGCCAAGAACAGGCUCAGCGGGAGAACCAGGGAGGUGAGCUUCUGCCUCCAGAGCCGGUCAGAGAGCAGAACUCUAACAAAAAAGGCAAAGAAAAAGAGAGUGCUGAACUUGGAGGAUCUGUCCAGAUCCAGAAGGGGCCAGGUGGUCUUCUGGUCAGCCAGGAAAAUCAUGAAGCUGAUGAGCCAGAGAGGGACGAACUCAUCGUUAGGGAAGAUGAACAGGGCAAGCAGGAUGGUGCUCAGGAUGGUGCUAAAGAUGGAGUAAAUCAGCCCAAAUCAGGAAUAAGUGAAGAUUACAAUGAUGAAAAUGAAGCCGAGUCUGAAAGAGACAAGCAGGCAGCUCUGGCAGGCAAUGAUAACAACCUAAGUGAACCAGAUGUUGAAGAGCAGAACAAAGACAACAUCAAUGAUAACUUAGUUGAAGAACGUGAAAAGAGGGAUCAAACAAAGUGAAUCCAGGGUUAAAGAGAGUGCUUACAACAGACGAUCCCUGUGACAAUGGAACGUUCAUAAAUAUGAAGCAAUCUAAUGUGUGCACUGGGAGAGCAGUGUUGGGAAAUUUUAAUAUGUAUACAAGAUGCCAAUAAUAGGGGGGAAAAUAAGAAUGUCAAAUAUUGAGACAAGAUUUGGGUUUGUUUGUUUUUUCCCCUGGAAUCGGCUUCAAGGCUUCUAAACGGGUAGAGAUUUUUAGAAAGGAAAAACUGACCACUUUUUUUUUUAAUUAUUGGAAAAAUGCAUAUAACCCAUGAAAAGACUGUCCUUGAAAUAGCCCAGGAGUCAUAUUUCAAGUAUGAUUCUUAAUGUGGCAACAUGGCUCCAAUUAUUCUUAAAUGUUAUUAAAAACUUUCUUAUAAGAGUCCUGCUUCUGGUCAUUAAGAGUGAAGUCCACUCUAUCUAGAGGACCCUCAUGGUUUUUCCUUUUUCUGCAGUGGAGUCCAUUUCUCCUUUGACUGCUCAGUGUGUCACUUUUACAUCUGUUCUCAAGGUGAGCAGCAUGUGUAUUGAGGACUGGAUAGCUGGCUCUCCUGCUUUGAGACAGAGGCACUUCCUGGUAAUUCUGACAAUCAGAAUAGCCCUUAAAUACUGACUGUUAAUACACAAAACAUCACGAGCAACACUUUUAAGCAAGACUAAAUGGAAAGUUCUUGUUUUGGUUGGGUGUUGCGUGCAUUUUAUUUUUUAAAAAAAUUCAUAUAACACUAUUUUUAAAUGAUUGUAACUUACUAUGUGUAUUUCCUUUCCAGUUAGGGACUUCUGUAGUCGUAUUAUGGACAAAGGAGGACUAUGAUUAACUUAUAAACACAACUGGAGAGUGUUAAUGUCACAUGGGCAUUUUUACAGCACAGGACACAAAGACAGAAAUGUAGAAUUGUUAUUACUAAAGUGACUUUGAUCUUGAAAUGAAUCCAUGCCUACCUGGGUUAAAACAAAAUUAAUAGAAGAUAUAUGAUGUUCUGGAUUUGGGAAGGUUUGGAGAGAAAGGAGAAAAUGAGGGGGGUUUUGUCCUACAUUUUACACAUUAGCUUGUAAGGAGAAAGAAAAUAACCUAUGUAACAAGGUUUCUUCUGAUCUGAAUAAUUUAGUUAGAUGAUGUUUAUUUUUGGAAAUGAAUUCAACUUCUUUUGCUGUUUAAUAGUUAACGUGACUACUUUGUUAUAACACAGACUGUGAACACAGGUAAUAGAUUUGAAGUCUGUGCUUAAUAUUUAAGGGAAAGAGGCAUCCAACAAAACUGUCUAUGAAAUUACUUUUUGAAUGCAAAUUUCCAUAAUUUAGAAAUCUCUAAAAUAUUAUAUGGCAUAGAAUAAAUUAAAAAAAUAGAGUCUGUCUUUAAGAUGUAGUUAGAAACAUAGUUUUAGAAUUGGAAGGGAGCCUUGGGGAUCAUUUCCUCCAUCUCCCUAACUUUAAACACAAGCAGAUAGAAGCUCAUUGAGGUUAAAUAGCCUUUCCAAGGUCACACAGAGCUAGAACAAAAACCCAGGUCUCAUGAAUUGCGAUCCAAUGUUCUUUUCAUUAUACCACACUGCACUGGUAUGAGUUAAUGUCACAGACAGGUUAAGAUGAGAGACUUUUUGCCUUUUCAUGCUACAAUGUCUUUUUUGUUUAGUCUUAUGUCUUCCUCCUUACUCAGUUACCAGAAACUUUUUAGAAAGCACUUCAACAAUCCCAUGGUUUCACUUAUUGUGACCUUAUUAGAUUGUUGUGGCCAAAAACUGUAAUCACUUGGUAGCCAGCCUUGGGGUGAAAGAGUAUCUUUGGACUUUGCAGGCAAGGCUGGUCCUUAGAGAAUGACAGAGACGGUGGCUGGGUCCCUAUUCUAUGGCUUAGCACAACCUGUCAGAACUUGUGCCAUGCAGGCAUAGCUUUUGAGAAACCAGGUUCACCUUCCUGCCAUAACAGAAAAAAAAAA